AUGGGCAACUCCAGCUCCAAAGGCGCCGGGCCUGGCGGCCCCUCAUAUGGCGACACUUUGCAGUCGUACCCGUCCCUAAGCAAGUCAGACACCAAGGAAUCGUCCCGCUCAUUCCGAUCCUUGCGGUCCAAGAUCCCCGGGGGCGCGAGCAAAAGCGCAGACAGCCCCCGCAACUCUUCGCUCGUGAACGAAGUAGAGGCCAACAAGGCCGCCGAUGUCGCCUCGGUGCGAUCUGGACGGAGUGGGAGGUCGAGCGUAUCCAGAGCCAACAGAGGGGAUCUGCCAUCGCUGAAAUCGACGACCACAGACAUGUCGAACCUGUCCAUCGACUCUCCCGCCUCGGACAACCAGAUGCCGCCGUCGCCCGUGCAGUCGCAAUCCAUCAAGAGUGGACAGCACGCGGACGUGUCGGCUGCCCAAGCAUCGGGAGAGGUUGAUCACGUGAGUGAUCAGCCGCCCGGUACCGUGUCACUACCUACAGGGCCUUCCGCACAGCCAGGACAAUCGAUUCUCGUCAGACGAGAGGGGGCCGCUGCGCAACCAGCGCCCUCUGCUGAGCUGGCCAGCCCGGAUGCCAACGCGAGCACGACCCCUACCGCCGGCGGAGUUGCCAUGUCGGACAUCAAGGAUAUUGACAUUGAUGAUUUCAUCAAGCGCCUUCUCGACGCGGGGUACGCAGGCAAGGUGACCAAGAGUGUCUGUCUCAAGAACGCCGAGAUUGUGGCCAUCUGCCAGAGGGCUAGGGAGGUGUUCCUCAGCCAGCCCGCGCUUUUGGAGCUCGAUGCCCCUGUGAAGAUUGUCGGUGACGUGCAUGGUCAGUACACAGACCUGCUCCGCAUGUUUGAGAUGUGCGGAUUCCCUCCCAACUCAAACUUCCUGUUCCUGGGCGACUACGUCGAUCGCGGCAAGCAGUCCUUGGAGACAAUACUGCUGCUGCUCUGUUAUAAGCUGAAGUACCCAGAGAACUUCUUUCUGCUGCGUGGCAACCACGAGUGCGCGAAUGUGACACGUGUAUACGGCUUCUACGACGAGUGCAAGCGGAGGUGCAACGUCAAAAUCUGGAAGACAUUUGUGGACUGCUUUAACACACUGCCAAUUGCAUCCAUCGUUGCCGGCAAGAUCUUCUGUGUCCACGGCGGUCUCUCACCGGCUCUGGUACAGAUGGACGACAUCCGGAACAUUGCGCGGCCCACUGACGUGCCCGACUACGGUCUGUUGAACGACUUGCUCUGGUCCGACCCUGCAGACAUGGAACAAGACUGGGAAGCCAACGAGCGAGGAGUCAGCUAUUGCUUUGGAAAACGCGUUAUUACCGACUUUCUUGCGGUGCACGACUUUGACCUCAUCUGUCGCGCCCACAUGGUGGUAGAAGACGGGUACGAGUUCUUCAACGACAAGGUCCUUGUGACGGUCUUCAGUGCACCAAACUACUGCGGCGAAUUCGACAAUUGGGGUGCGGUUAUGUCUGUAUCAUCAGAGCUGCUGUGCAGCUUUGAGCUGCUGAAGCCUCUUGAUUCCACCGCACUCAAGAGCCACAUUAAGAAAGGGCGCAACAAGCGACAGCAAAUGCUCAACAGUCCGCCUGCAAGCGUGCACCCCCAGAGCUUCUGA